CCAUAUUUACAAGCUUGUCAUGCAAGAGCCAGCUAAAACCAUAUAAGGGACAACUUACAAACCAAUUCCAAAGAAAUUAAACCAAAACUUCCUCUUGUAAAUUUUAUAAUCAUGUCUUCAACAAGUCAUUUUGUGACUGGAUUUUACCUUGUGAUUUUAUUAGGAAAUGCAGUUGCUUCAAUAGACUAUGGAAUAGCCCUUACAAAAUCUUUACUGUAUUUUGAAGCUCAAAGAUCAGGAAAAUUGCCCCCUAACCAGCUUGUUCAAUGGCGUGGAGAUUCAGCACUUCAAGAUGGCAAAGACGCAGGGAUUGACUUAACAGGAGGAUAUUAUGAUGCUGGAGACAAUGUCAAAUUUGGAUUUCCAAUGGCAUUUACAGUGACAAUGCUAGCAUGGAGCGUAGUCGAAUUUGGCGAAGAAUUAGAAGCCAAGAAAGAAUUAACAAAUACUCUAAAUGCAAUCAAAUGGGGAACUGAUUAUUUCAUUAAAGCACAUACACAACCUCAUGUUUUAUAUGGUGAAGUUGGAGAUGGGAAUUCUGAUCACCAAUGUUGGGAAAGACCAGAAGAUAUGACAACGCCGAGGAAUUCUUACAAAGUUGAUGAACAACAUCCUGGUUCUGAUCUUGUUGGAGAAACUGCUGCUGCUUUUGCUGCUGCUGCCAUUGCUUUUAACAAGUCGGAUUCGAAUUAUUCUUCUCAACUUCUCAUCCAUGCAAAAGAGUUAUUUGAUUUUGCUAAAAAGUUCCAAGGCCAGUACCAAACUAGCAUUUCAGUGGCAGGUCAAUUCUACAGUAGCACCGGCUAUGAGGAUGAACUCUUGUGGGCUGCUACUUGGUUGCUAAAAGCCACACAAGACAAAACAUACCUAGACUACAUCAAUGAUCAAGCCACUAGUUCAGGUGGCACUAGAUCCAUGUUUUCUUGGGACGACAAGUAUGUCGGCGCACAAGUCCUGAUCGCCAAGAAUCUGUUAGAGAAGAAAUUUCCAUGGAACGAAAGUUCAUUGAGUCAAUACAAGAAAAAUGCUGAGGAAUUCAUAUGCAACUGCAUACAAAAAGGGAACAACAACAUAAAGAAGACUAAUGGAGGACUUCUAUGGUGGCAACCUUGGAAUAAUCUUCAAUAUGUUACAGCUGCAACAUUUGUUAUAACCAGUUAUGCAGAUACACUGUUUGCUACUAAAAAUUCUCUCCAAUGCGCUACUGGAACAGUGGAAUCUUCGAACCUAAUCACGUUCGUCAAAUCUCAGGUGGAUUAUAUACUUGGCGAAAACCCGAAAAAAAUGAGUUACAUGGUAGGGUUUGGGACAAAUUACCCGCAAAAGAUUCAUCACAGAGGAGCAUCAAUUGUGUCAAUUAAGAAAGACAGGACUACAGUGAGUUGCAGUGAAGGUUUCAGUUUAUGGUUUUAUAAAAAUGCACCAAAUCCAAAUAUUUUAGAUGGGGCAAUAGUUGGAGGACCUGAUAUUAGUGAUAACUAUAAUGAUUCCAGAAGUAAUUUUCAGCAAGCUGAAGCAGCUACAGCUAAUACAGCACCAUUAGUUGGAGUUUUAGCCCGACUAACUGAAUAAAUGUUUUUAUAUAUAUUAAUUAUAUUAUUGUUUUAUUUUAAUGUCUUGUCCUAUACCUAUAUAUUAUUGUUGGUAGUCGGUUUUUAUGGCUACGGUUGUUUUCUUU